UCGCAGGGCAUGGUCGGGCAGCUGGCAGCUCGCCGGGCGGCCGGAGUCAUCCUGGAGAUGAUCAAGGAGGGCAAGAUCGCGGGCAGGGCCGUGCUGAUCGCCGGCCAGCCCGGCACCGGCAAGACCGCCAUAGCCAUGGGCAUGGCGCAGGCGCUGGGUGCCGACACGCCCUUCACCGCCAUCGCCGGCAGCGAGAUCUUCUCGCUGGAGAUGAGUCGCACCGAGGCUCUCACCCAGGCCUUCCGCCGCUCCAUCGGCGUGCGCAUCAAGGAGGAAGCGGAGAUCAUCGAGGGGGAGGUGGUGGAGAUCCAGAUCGAUCGGCCAGCCAGCGGCACGGGCACCAAGGUGGGGAAGCUGACCCUGAAGACCACAGAGAUGGAGACCAUUUACGACCUGGGCACCAAGAUGAUCGAGUCUCUAACCAAGGAGAAGGUGCAGGCAGGGGACGUGAUCACCAUCGACAAGGCCACGGGCAAGAUCUCCAAGCUCGGCCGCUCCUUCACCCGGGCACGGGACUACGACGCCAUGGGCUCCCAGACCAAGUUCGUGCAGUGCCCGGACGGGGAGCUGCAGAAGCGGAAGGAGGUGGUGCACACGGUGUCGCUGCACGAGAUCGACGUCAUCAACAGCCGCACCCAGGGCUUCCUGGCGCUCUUCUCGGGCGACACCGGGGAGAUCAAGGCGGAGGUCCGGGAGCAGAUCAACGCCAAGGUGGCCGAGUGGAGGGAGGAAGGCAAAGCCGACGUCAUCCCCGGGGUGCUGUUCAUUGACGAGGUUCACAUGCUGGACAUCGAGUGCUUCUCCUUCCUGAACCGCGCCCUGGAGAGCGACAUGGCCCCGGUGCUCAUCAUGGCCACCAACAGAGGCAUCACCAGGAUCCGGGGCACCAACUACCAGAGCCCCCACGGGCUGCCCAUCGACCUGCUGGACCGGCUGCUGAUCAUCUCCACCGCGCCCUACAGCGACAAGGAGACCAAACAGAUCCUCAAGAUCAGGUGCGAGGAGGAGGACGUGGAGAUGAGCGACGACGCCUACGCGGUGCUGACCCGCAUCGGGCUGGAGACCUCCCUGCGCUACGCCAUCCAGCUGAUCACCGCCGCCAGCCUGGUGGCCAGGAAGAGGAAGGGCUCGGAGGUGCAGGUGGAGGACAUCAAGAGAGUCUACUCCCUGUUCCUGGACGAGUCUCGCUCCACGCAGUACAUGAGGGAGUACCAGGAGGCCUUCCUCUUCAACGAGCUGAAGGCUGAAUCAAUGGAGACGCCGUGA